AUGGAGACUAACGGGCCGCCAAUACACGCCCGAGCGGCACUGCUUUCGGCGCUCAUCAAGUCGACCUCAUCAGUCCCGCAUCAUCUAGAAGAAGCCCGGAAGCAGCUCGACGAAUGGGAGAGCGAUACGUCAUUUUGGCGCAUACUGCUGGAUAUUUGCUUCAACCAAUAUUUAACAGUGCCAAUAGACCAACUUGAGCGCCCGGUGAGCACACAAGGAGAAUACGAUGCGCGAAGAACCGCGAUUCGGACAGCAGGCAUCAUUCGCUUCAAGAAUGGGGUGGACAAAUUCUGGCGCCUUAGAGUUGUCCGUCGAGUUGGAGUGGCAAUCCCAACGGAAGAAAAGACAGUGCUGCGUAGUGCACUCCUCCGCGCGAUCGAUGAACCCGAGAGAGUUAUUGCGCUGCAGGCCUCCGUCGCCAUUGCUAGGAUUGCGAGGCACGACUACCCCAAUGCGUGGCCGGAUCUAUUCACCAAUCUCCAACAGGCAAUUGUGGAGGCCCAUACACAUCUGGCCCAACUCGGGCCGGAAACUAUUGGAGAACCCUCCGACAAGGGCGCCGAGCGUCAACGACAGACGCUGCGGCUCAUGCGCGCUGUCGACAUUGUCCAGCGCACCCUCAAAGAGCUGGAUAGCAUGAGAAUGCUCGCGGGGAAAAUCCGCAUGACCGAGCUCGCAGACACGCUCUUGCCAACAUUGCAGCCAAUGUUUGCGCAAUACUUUGACGAGACAUUUCCCGCCUCGGCCAUAUCCGAAGACUCCGGCGCGAGUCUCCAAGGUUGGGCUCGAUCCCCCGUUCGCUCUGCGCAGGUGCGGACCUCUCAUUUAUUUCUCAAAGCGCUCCAACGGCUGGUCGUCUCGGACGCUGGUGCCUUGAGCCAGAAUGCCACAGGACCCAGGGGCGACCGCGCAGACUCAGUCAACCUCGCACAAGCAUUCUUUCGAUCAACCCCUAAGCUCUUGCAGACGAUAGCGACCUUUAGGCGCGCAUAUAUUCAGUGCCUGACUCCCAGCGAGGUGUCUGAAGCAUCCGCCCUCAUAGUGGCCGGCAUAACCAAGCAUUUGCUUGCAUUUGGUAAGAUCUUCCUCGCUCUGCUCAAUCGUGACAAGAGCAAAGCAGCGACAUGGGACGGGUGGCCAGAAGUCGUGGAGUGGUACUGGCAGCAAGCGCAAAAACAUGCAUUGCAAUCUGCAGAGCCAUCAGCCACCAACAACGAUCCUUCCGCCCUCGUACACACACCAUCUCGGUUUGUCAUUCAGACCCUGCUCCUCCUCAAGAGUAGUCUUUCAGCAUGGAAAGAUGCAGCGCCUGCACAGUUCACGAGCCCCGAAUUCGCGCAAAGUGCUGCAGAUACCCUGGUUGGCAAGCUGAUGAGACUGAGCAAAGAUGAGCUCGCAGACUGGGAGGCGGACUCAGAGCAGUGGAGCGUUGCAGAGAGUCAAAAGCAAGAACAGUUUGAGCUGGAGAUCAGGACAGCCGCAGAGAGGACAUUGAUGGUCUUGGCGGACGCGAUCAAGCCCAAAUGGUCGGUUGGCCAUCUGGUGUGGAGACUUUUUGAGCAAUCCACACAGCUCAGCCAUACGAAUCUUGAAGAUGUCCUCACGCGAGAUGCAAUCUACGCAGCUGUCGGCCGCUUGCGCGACCGCCUGCCCGUCAUUUCCCCCGGUCACGUCCCGGAAGAAGAUGAAGAACCUGAGGAACAGUUUGACUUGUCGACCGUUAUAGGAACGCGCCUGGCACAGGAGGCUGCUGUCGGAGCGGAGGCCGGGUCGUCGUGGGUCAUCAUCCGGCGACGCAUCGCGUGGCUUAUGUGGGAGUGGUCAGAGCACGUCGCACCGCAGCACCGACCUGCGACGUACACGGUACUCGUUGAUCUUAUCGCCGACAUGCCAGGCGUGACGGACGUCGCUGUCCGACUUUCUGCAGCUCGCUCACUCGGUGCACUGGCCGACGCUGUAGAAUUUGACGCCGAGGCUUUUACGCCAUUUUUGGCACCAGCUUUGACGCGCCUCAUCUCACUAGCAACCUCCACCGAUCUGCAAGAGAUGAACUCGAUAAAGGUCUGCACGGACGCGCUGUCGAUGCUCAUCGAGCGGCUCGGCCCGAGGGUCGCACCGUUCCUGGAGCAGCUUGUCUCCCUCGUACCGCCUCUAUGGAACAACCCUGACCCGGAGUUCAAAGCCAAGCCGAGCAUCCUUUCCUUCGUGUCCAAGCUGGUACGCGCGGUUGAAUUGCUCAGUGGCGGCGGCAGCGAGGCAUUGUUGCAGCCCAUGCAUCAGAUCGUUGAUUCGCUUGUUCGCAGCAGCUUUUCCAAUGACUGCGCACCGCACCUUGGACAGGACGCGCUCGCGCUUUGGGCGCGUUCAGUGCACAGCACGACGGCGAUGACCACACCACUUUUCGAGCUGUUAGAAUUGGCGCCGGUAUUGCUGCAGCAAGCCGAAGAGACGCCAGAAGUUUGUCGCAUCGUGGAAGAAACGGCACUGUUGGUACCCAAGGAGCUUGUGCAACACCAUGGCCGCGCCAUCUUUAGUGCCUUUUCAACCAUCCUUGCGGAUCCACUGUCGCCCGUAGUACUCGCACCGCUCGGCACACUCGAUUUUAUCCUGCAGGCGCUGCAAGCAGCCGGAGCAGGUGUAGCAGUUUGGCCGCAGCUCCUCCAGGAAACACGUCUCUUGGGCCUGCUCGUGGGCUCGUCUCUGCAGAUCAAAGAAAGCGCCAUUAUCACCUCCUCCUUCGUGUCUGCCCUGGCACGCAUCACCAUCAUGGCACCUCCGGAGCAGGUACUGAGCAUGUUUGCUUCUAUUGCUCCGCUUCUCGAUGUCCAACCAGCAGCGGCCGGCUCAGACAUCAUCGCGCCUUUGCUCUCGCUUUGGGCCAAAACCUUUGAAAACAUGCACUCGCCUCGGAAACGCAAGGCUACCGCCAUGGCACUGGCCGCGGUCGUCAGCAGCUGCGGGCAAGCUGCUGAUGCGACCGAAGCGUCCGUUCAGGCAAUUUGCACUAAAUUGCCUGAGAUGGCGGCUGUCUGGAGUGAUUGCUUGGGAGAAAUCCGCGAACACUGCGGAGAAGCACAAUCCUCGUUCAUUCGCUCGAUGACUUCGACUGAAGGUCUCGGGCAGGGCGCACUAGACACAGACGAGGAUGACUGGCUCGAGGACACAUCUCCAGGUACGGCGCGCUUAAGGAAUUUGGCGGAGAGCGACUUUGUCAUCUCUGUCGACCUAGCGCAGUACAUUUCCUCUGCAAUGAGCAGCGUCCAACAGCGCUUCCCGACUAUCGUACAGGCCAGCCUUACAGCCAUGGAUCCGCUCGUGUUGGAAAUCCUGAUGACUGACCUCAAGUGA